AUGGAGAACAAUAUAAGAUGGUUGGCGAUUUUGUGUUUAAUUGGAAUAACCAGUGGUCAGAGUUCUAUACCGUUUACACUGUGGAGCCACUGGCAAGGAGGUUUUGUCGGUGAAACAUGUUUUACAGCUCCCGUGAAUAUGAAAGGCUGGAUUGUCAGCAUUACGUUUGAUGUCGAUGUUCAAAAACUUUCAGAGAUAUGGAAUAGUGAACUGGUAGAACAAGUCAAUCAGAGACUGUUUAUUAUAAAAGAUGUCUACUAUAAUAAAGAGUCUACUGUAGGAACUAGGGUCUGUCCCGGGUUUAAAGGACUGACCAAUCAUAACAUCCGUACCACAGCUUCUAUAGUCUUUAUUCCCUUGUUUGAUGACGGCAAAGGGGUCUUACCAGUCGACCCGACCACCUCCACUGCUCCUAUUGAUGCCACAUUGGCUCCCCCAGUUGAGGACACCACAGCUCCACCGACUGAAGGAGUGAUGCCCGAUGAUGAAACGACCACUGAAGCUGAAAAUCCAUCAGGUAAAGAAAACUUCAAGGCCUCUAAUUGA